AGAGCUAACGCCAUCACACACAGUGGCGACAACAAGGCGAGCUCCGAUUUGAUGGCCACAACAGCCGCAGCCUUUAUUGCACUUCUCUGAUUCCACCAGAACACCAAUGGAAUAAUAGUGCUCCGGAUUAUUAAGUGCACUUCAAACGGCAGCAGCCUCUCUCUGAGGUCGGCUUGCCCUGACCUGUCAAUCAAAUCACAUCCACCAGAAUUUGUGUGAAGGGUCUCUGUUUUGGUGGUGAACAAAGCAAUGUGGAGAAAAUAAAGAUCCUGAUACGGAGAAAAACAGAGAUUAUAGAUAAUGGGCUGUGUGCAAUGCAAGGAUAAAGAAGCAACCAAACUCACAGACGACAGAGACACAAGCAUCUCCCAUGGUGCGAGCUACCGCUAUGGGGCUGACCCCACGCCACAGCACUACCCCAGCUUUGGGGUCACGGCUAUCCCCAACUACAACAAUUUUCACACACCUGUUGGACAGGGGAUGACUGUUUUUGGUGGGGUCAGCACUUCCUCUAACACUGGAACCCUCAGGACCCGUGGUGGGACAGGAGUCACCCUCUUUGUGGCACUAUAUGACUACGAAGCACGGACAGAAGAUGACCUCAGUUUCAGAAAAGGAGAAAGGUUCCAGAUCAUCAACAGCACUGAAGGGGACUGGUGGGACGCUCGUUCGCUCACCACUGGUGGCAGUGGUUAUAUCCCCAGUAAUUACGUGGCUCCGGUGGAUUCCAUCCAGGCUGAGGAUUGGUAUUUUGGUAAACUGGGGCGGAAGGAGGCCGAACGACAGUUGCUCUCCACUGGGAACCCACGGGGUACUUUCCUCAUCCGGGAGAGUGAAACCACAAAGGGUGCCUUUUCCUUGUCCAUACGGGACUGGGAUGAUGUGAAAGGCGACCAUGUCAAACAUUAUAAGAUCCGCAAGUUGGACAGUGGUGGCUACUACAUCACCACUAGGGCUCAGUUUGAUUCACUACAACAGCUGGUUCAGCACUAUUCAGACCGAGCCGCCGGUCUCUGUUGUCGCUUGGUGGUUCCCUGCCACAAAGGGAUGCCCCGCCUCACUGACCUGUCAGUCAAAACCAAAGAUGUGUGGGAGAUCCCGCGGGAGUCACUGCAGCUGAUAAAGCGUCUUGGGAAUGGGCAGUUUGGGGAAGUCUGGAUGGAGUGUGCGAAUGGUUUGAGCUUUAAAUUAACUGGCGUGUGUGUGAACUACAUCCCUGACACUGUGGGCUUGAGUCAUGAUGCCUGGGAGAUCCGAAGAGAAGCCCUUGAAUUGAAGUUAAAGCUGGGCAAAGGAUGUUUUGCUGAGGUUUUUUACGGAACAUGGAACGGCACCACAAAGGUAGCUGUGAAGACUCUGAAACCUGGAACCAUGUCCCCUGAGUCCUUCCUGGAGGAAGCUCAGAUCAUGAAGAAACUCCGCCACGACAAGCUGGUCCAGUUGUACGCUGUCGUGUCUGAGGAGCCUAUUUAUAUCGUCACAGAGUACAUGGGCAAAGGAAGUCUACUGGACUUUUUGAAGGACGGAGAAGGGCGAGGGUUGAAGCUGCCCAAUCUUGUGGAUAUGGCUGCCCAGGUGGCAGCAGGUAUGGCUUACAUAGAGAGGAUGAAUUACAUCCACCGAGACUUACGCUCUGCCAACAUUCUGGUGGGAGACAACAUGGUGUGUAAGAUCGCCGACUUUGGCCUCGCCAGACUCAUCGAAGACAACGAAUACACCGCACGGCAAGGUGCAAAGUUCCCCAUCAAGUGGACCGCCCCGGAGGCCGCGCUGUACGGCAAGUUCACCAUCAAGUCGGACGUGUGGUCGUUUGGCAUUUUUCUGACAGAGCUGGUCACCAAGGGUCGAGUGCCUUACCCGGGCAUGAACAACCGUGAGGUGCUGGAACAGGUGGAUCGAGGCUACAGGAUGCCAUGCCCCCAGGACUGCCCCAUCUCCCUGCAUGAGCUCAUGCUGCAAUGCUGGAAGAAAGACGCAGAGGAGCGACCCACCUUCGAGUACCUGCAGGCCUUCUUGGAGGACUACUUCACAGCCACCGAGCCUCAGUACCAGCCCGGAGAUAACCUCUAAACGUUCUUCCUCCCUGCCUCUAGGUUGGAGCUGGAUGCAAAAAAAAAAAAACACAAACUGGAAUCUUCCUGGACUUGUCGCUAUUUUAUUUGGGGGGACAAAGCAUCCUUCCGCUCAACUCAUUUCAUUUCCUACACCCCCUCUAGUGUAUGAAGUCUGCUAUGCCAUAAGAGGUGAGUUUGGAGGCAGGGGUUGGAUGCGAUACUUGUAUUCAGUGUAAAUAUUUUUUUAAAAGGGUUGUUUUAGUUUGUAUGUCUGCUUCAAUUCAAGAUAUAUUUUUCAUCUGCCAAAAGUGAAGGUGAAGAACCAUUUCAUCUGUCUGUGUAUAAUUCCUACAGAUUACGUUGAAACCCAAUCCUCCGCCACAUCUGAUUAUGUCUUCCAUCUCCUGAGGUUUUAUUUUGCUUUCCCCAGAUUGCUUGCUGUCUUAUAGAUACUGCUGUCUGUCUGGAAUUACAUCAUAGUUUUUUUUUUUUUUUUUUUUUUUUUUUUUUUUUUAAACUGACCAUGUACAGAUUGUCAACAUAUCCCUCCCCCCUAAUAUUUUCCCAAAUUGUGAUCAGGUGGAAAAUAGGGGUAUCCCAAUACCGCGACAAAUUGUCUGGAGGUGUUAUUGUAAUUUCUGUGGUCUGCGAUUGGUUGGCAACAGAUUGCUCCAAAUCAGUCAGUUCAGAAAUCCAAUCCAUGUGUCAUCCCUGCUGAUAUUAUAUCUGAUCAAUAUCGAUAUCGUAUCAGAAGUGAAACCGUAUCGGGACACCCCUAGUGGAAAAGUCAUCGUUACACAAUUAGCAUCCAUUUUUAAUUUCCUCAAAUAGGGAACUAUGGUUGCCAGGUCCAUCAGACGAUUUGAGCAAAUAAAAGCCUCUGCGCAAACAGAUGCCUCUAUUUUUUUUUUUUUUUAAUCGUAUUUCCUCAAAUAUUCUAGUUGCCUCCAGUUUACGUCACCAGAUGUAAGGGGCACUUAAAGGAAUUAACACCUCUCACUGAUUUGAUGGUCACCCUGUUUCGUCCAAUUCAAGAUAUAAAUCUCUCUCCCGAAAAUAACUCAACUAUUACAGACACUUGAAAGAACACUUAUUGAAAUAAAUGCCUAUCCAUGUAGAUGCUUUAUCCUUUCACAGAGAUUUGUACAAAUAAGGGCGUCUCAAAUAUGUAAACAAUUGGUGUCCUUUGCAGUUUGGUACAUUAAAAAAAAGCCUGAGCCACUUUUGGAGGAAAUCUUGUACUUUAAGAAGACGGUAUGCAAGAUGUGGUCUGUCAUUGCAGGAUUUUUUUCGAUUUGUUUACAGUGGGUGGCAACACAGUUGUACAGCAAAUUGAUUAAUUAGGCUUCUUAUGCCAUUUUUUUUAACAUCAAAAUGUUUUGUUAAUUAAGUGAUAUGUCUUUUUUCAGGGUCAAAAGGACAAUAAACUAACAGUUUCUAAGUGA